UUUCCCUCUUUAUCAGCAAUAGCGGCAAUAACCGGGCGGCGCUGGGACCCGCGGGCCGGAGCAGUGAGCCCCUGCGAGCCCGCGGAGUGUGCGAGGCCGGGCAGGCGGGGGCGGCCCGCAUUGCUUGCCGGAAUGGGGCGUGGAGCAGGGCCCGCACGGCGGACCAGCACCCCGGGAGCCCGCCGGGGCCAACGGCGGGUGGCUGCCAACCCCACCGCUCCGCUUGCGCGCGAAGGGGCGGAGGGAAAGGGCGGAGAGAGGUGCACUGCCUCCUGCCAAGCGCCAUCUCGCUGCCUUUCCUGGCCGGCGGCAGGAACGGGAGGCCCUCGAUGGGGCCCAGGCGGCCUCCCCAGCCGGGGAGCGGAACGGGGCCGGGGAGCCGGCAGAGCGGGUCAGAGGCCGCGAAGCGGUGCCGGCGGUGCCGUCGGGGCGUGCGGCCGGCGCUCGGGGACGCGCGGCGCUGCCAGUCCGGCUCUCCGCGCUCACCAGGGUCCGGGCUAGCCCAGAGCGCCUUUGACCAAUCCAAAGCGAUUAUGCAAGACGGCGGACCAAUCAGCUCCGCCAGCUCAUGAAUAUUCAUAGACUUGGCUGAGUCAAAGCUUUUAGGCGAGUUUGUGUAGAUCUACAGCAUCAUGCUUAGACUUUUCAAAGAGACAAACUCCAUUUUCUUAUGAAUGGAAAGUGAAAAACCCUGUUCCGCUUAAAUUGGGUUCUUUCCUGUCCUGAGAAACACAACAGACCCCAAAAAGGCAAGCUGAAGAGAGAACACACACACAGACCAAGCGACAAGAAAUGACCAUGACUACCAUGCCAGAGAGUCUAAAUAGCCCCGUCUCAGGGAAGGCUGUUUUUAUGGAGUUUGGGCCGCCCAGCCAGCAAAUGUCUCCUUCUCCCAUGUCCCACGGACACUAUUCCAUGCACUGUUUACACUCCGCGGGCCACUCUCAGCCUGACAGCUCGUACAGCACAGCUUCGUCCUUCUCCCGACCGUUGGGCUACCCCUAUGUGAACUCGGUCAGCAGCCACUCGACCAACCCCUACAUCAGUUCAGUGCAGUCCUACCCCAACAGCUCCAGCCUGACUCAGACCCGGUUAGAGGAGACAGGGGCCGAAUCGGAGAAAAGCACUGUGGUAGAAGGAGGGGAAGUUCGCUUUAAUGGGAAAGGGAAAAAAAUCCGCAAACCCAGAACUAUUUAUUCCAGUUUGCAGCUGCAGGCUUUGAACAGGAGGUUCCAACAAACUCAGUACCUGGCUCUCCCAGAAAGAGCCGAGCUCGCAGCAUCUCUGGGACUCACUCAGACCCAGGUGAAGAUUUGGUUUCAGAACAAGCGCUCCAAAUUCAAGAAGCUGAUGAAGCAAGGAGGGGCCGCUCUGGAGAGCAGCGCUUUAACCAACGGCAGGGCUCUUUCGGGCAGCUCGCCACCGGUGCCCCCGGUGUGGAAUACCACCUCCGCAUCCGGUAAGGCCUCGUCGGGAACCCCGGGCACCUACAUCCCCAGCUACACGUCGUGGUAUCCUUCGGCCCACCAAGAAGCAAUGCAGCAGCCGCAGCUUAUGUGAUUAUAAACCCUUUUUCCCCUACCGCAAGCACUACCAAUCACGAAAAUAAUUGAAAUUAUUACGGGAAAAAACGCAAAACAAAACCAACAACAAACAAAACCCAAACAGACAAACAAAAAAGGGAAUUAAAGAUUUUUUUUUUUUUAAAGGGGGAGGGAGGGGGGAAAGGAGAGCGAGGGAAAGAGAGGAGAGAGAAAAAUCCACAAAGAAACUCAAGCGUACAAACGAACAGGAGGUCUCUUGCCCAUCCAGCCAUUAGGACGCUGCACUGUAGCUCGGUGCAGGAGAGCACAGAUGUGAUGCGGGCCAGUUCCCACCACUGACAGCUGACGGAGCGGCCCCGAGCACCGCACAACAGCCUGGGAGCAGAGCGAGCGCCGGCCGCGGCUUUGUGGGACAAUCAGAGAAAGAUGUUUGUGGGGGGGAAAGCCCUCUCCUCUGUCCUAUCUGUCUGUGUCUGUUGAAAUGUAGGUCAUUUAUUUACCACACGGACCUGAGGGUCUCUUCAAUUGCAAAGAGAAAGGAAGCUGUACAAUUUCCAGAGCUUCUUUCCCUCGACGUUUUCUGUAUCUUUCACUCUCCAUCUAUAUAUUUUUGGUUGGUUGUUAAAAGGGGAAAACAGGGGUUUUAUUUAUUGAUUUGAAUUACCACUACGAGAAUGCUAGAGACAAACGGACAAUCCGACUUGAGUGCACUGUUCGGACGCGCAGAUUACUUUAAACAAAACCACACACUGUCCCCCGUCCGCGGCUCCCCUCCUCCCCCAGUAAAUCACCGCAACAGAAGAAUGCGAUUUUUAACUUUUACGAUAACUUUUAUACUUCGCUGAUGUGGAGAGGUUUGUUCCGAAUGAUUUGCAUUUCUCGCGUAUUAAACAAAGGAAAUAAAUGCACAUCGUUUGGUACUGUAAAGUGGAAUAGCAGCAGCUGCCGAGCGCUUUGCUGAAGUGAGGCAAGGCGGGGAGGACGGAACGAGAGCCACGACGGCGGCGGCGGGGUAGGACCCGCCGGGCGGGCGCAGCGCCGGCGAAGCUUCCCGCGGAAAGCCAGUCUGAAGUCGAAAUGCACAAACCGACGUGCAGGAGCUACUCUCUGUACAUAUUUUAUUCUUUAUUAUUAUUAUUAUUAUUAUUAUUAUUAUUAUUAUUAUUAUUGUUCUGUAAACAUGUUGCACAAAUUUAGCCUUUUUUUAAUUAUUAUUUCCGUUCUGUUUCGUGUGGCUGUAAAACAUGAUGCUUUGUGUACUGAGAUCUUGACAUUUUACUUGUGACACUCGGAAGAUGUGAUAAACUGAGUUCGGCUGUGUUUAGUGUUCUAUAUGUCAAAGUUUAGUUUUAUAUUGAGAAUGUUAACUUAUUGCUUUGUAUCUGGGGGAAAAAAAAAAAACAACAAAACAAAACAAAAAUCACAAAUCUUUGUAUAUAAGUUAUAAAGUUUCUUUGAGACAGUAAAAUUAUGGUUUGGAAAAAGA